AAAUAAACAACGCGUUAAAAACUGCAUAAAAAGGGAGGGGAUAGGGAUUGAAAAAGCACGGCAAAGAUAUAAAAAAACGACGCGUACUCUACGUAGGUAAAUAAAGAACGGCAGAGUCCAAAGUCAUCUCUCAUAUUCUUCUUCUUCUUCUUCUUCUUCUUCUUCUUUUUUCUUCACGCGGUUUUCUUUUACCAACUCAACACACAAUCCCUUAAAACCGAUCAGAGACGAACGGAUCAAAAAUUCGUCUACAAUAAAAUCUUAGCCCUUCGAUUUCAUUCCAAAAUCGAAUCAAAUUCUGUUAAGAGUUUUUCUCUACUCUACACUUCUAAAUUUCUAAUCAGUUUGCAUAGAAAAACCCUAGUAGUAGGUGAUGUUGCGAGCUCUAGCGCGGCCUCUCGAACGGUGUCUGGGGAGCAGAGCGAGUGGUGAUGGUUUACUUUGGCAGUCGGAAUUGAGGCCUCAUGCCGGCGGAGAUUACUCGAUCGCGGUUGUUCAGGCCAAUUCCAGGCUUGAGGAUCAGAGUCAGGUGUUCACAUCUUCAUCGGCUACAUACGUCGGCGUCUACGAUGGCCAUGGCGGUCCCGAAGCUUCUAGAUUCGUUAACAGACAUCUCUUUCCUUAUAUACACAAGUUCGCAAAAGAACAAGGAGGACUAUCUGCAGAUGUUAUAAAGAAGGCAUUCAAAGAAACAGAAGAGGAGUUUUGCCAUAUGGUUAAACGAUCCCUGCCGAUGAAACCGCAAAUGGCUACUGUAGGAUCUUGCUGUCUUUUUGGUGCCAUCUCUAAUGGCACACUGUAUGUUGCGAAUCUCGGGGACUCAAGAGCCGUUCUUGGGAGUGUUGCUGCAGGGGAUGAUAGUAGUAGUAAUAAUAAGAACAAGGGUGCUGCAGCUGAACGAUUAUCUACUGAUCAUAAUGUUGCUGUUGAAGAAGUGAGAAAGGAGGUCAAGGCACUUAACCCUGAUGAUUCACAAAUCGUCAUUUACACGCGUGGAGUUUGGAGGAUUAAAGGCAUAAUUCAGGUAUCGAGAUCAAUCGGGGAUGUAUACUUGAAGAAACCAGAGUUUUACAGGGAUCCUAUUUUCCAGCAACAUGGAAAUCCGAUUCCUUUGAGGAGACCCGCGAUGACAGCGGAACCGUCCAUUAUAGUAAGGAAGCUUAAGCCACAGGACUUGUUUCUGAUAUUUGCAUCAGAUGGUCUCUGGGAACAUCUUAAUGAUGAAACAGCAGUAGAAAUCGUACUCAAACACCCAAGAACCGGGAUUGCAAGAAGACUUGUGAGAGCAGCUCUUGAAGAAGCUGCAAAGAAGAGAGAAAUGCGAUAUGGGGAUAUAAAGAAAAUCGCCAGAGGAAUUCGACGACAUUUCCAUGACGACAUAAGCGUCGUUGUUGUUUAUCUGGAUCAGCACAAAUCCGGUUCAUCGAAUGGUAAAUUGGUACAGCAAGGAGGCACCACGGCUCCACCAGAUAUCUACUCACUACGCUCUGAUGAAGCGCAGCAACGACGGUUACUCAAUGUGUUGUACUGACUGCGAUCCGAAUAGGGGAGAAAAUACUACUUGUUUAUUACAUACAUUUGUUAAUUUGUUUUUCAUUUUACGAAGAAUGUCUUGAUCUUUUUAGUGUUGGGGUUGGAUUUGUAUAUUCUUUUACCAGCAAAGAACGAAAAAAAAAGUCUUUUCUUUUUGGGUAAAGCAGUUUUGGUUUUGACAAACAAUACCUCUGUAAGCAAUCCAGUGAAACCGUUUGAGACUAAAAGUCAAAUAUUUGCAUUGUUGUUUUAUGACUUGUAGAGAUCAGCCUUUUUAUGUGUAUGAUGAACAUUAUACUGUAUGCCAUUUAUCUACCACAAACCAAACGGUUUCCGCGGCAAUUUUCUUGACCAGAACCGAACCGUCCUUUUUAAUUUAGGCCUAUACCAAGCAAAAAUCCAAAAACUGGAAGCGUUUUGAGGACUGAGCAAUUAAAACGGCGAGAUUUCUCUGAAAACGCUCACAAAAAAACUUCCAUCGGAAAGAUGAGCGUCACUCUUUUGGUCGCAGAUGCCGUCUGGUCGAACAUCGAAUCUACCGGUUCCGUAACUGAAGAACAGCUCUCAAUCUUGCAUUUGUUGUUUGGUAAGAAUCUUGAGAAAGCGACGAGAAUAAUCGACAAGAGAGGCGUGAAGAAAAUCUCUGGCUUACCCAGUGGAAGAUCCAUCUUUCAGGUUGUGGGAGAAUCUCAAAAGAGGGAAGAGUAUCUGUGCUUCCCAGGAGAUUACUGUGGAUGCUAUUCUUUCUUCUACGAUGUUGUUAGCAGAGGAGAGCAGCAAUGUUGUAAACAUCAACUGGCCGCUAGGCUGGCUUCUUCUUUGGGUACAUUCAGCGAAAUCGAGGUUUCAGAUGAGCAUCUUUCCCUGAUGCUUUCAAAGAUCUGAAACUUUCAUUGCAAUAACAUAAGUCUACAAAGUCAUGAUGUCUGAAGACACAAGUGCCCGUGCCAGCCAGCAACAUCAAGAUUCCUCAGCUUAGUUGAAUAAUUUUCCUUCAUUAUUUUUUUGUUGUUGUUUAACAAGCAAGAGAUAUGAAGUUUACAACAAAGAAAUAUUUAUACGCUAAACGAAGGCUCUUGGAAAUAUGAAUCCAUCGUUGCCUUAAAGCAGAAGAAACAGCAAAAGGAGAGCAAGCAGGAUCUGAAAACGUAUCAAACUAGAGGUUUGAUGAAAAGGAAACAAAUCGUACAUCGGAUUUAGGGUUUAGUGUGUGGAGAAGAGCGGGGGAUCGGGGAGAGAGAGAACUUCAUGUUGUGGUUGCAGCCGUUUUGGUCACCACUGGUGAAGUAGUAAGUCUGACUCUUACGGAGAAGCAGCUUGAACCCUAAUGAUGAUGAUGAUGAGCCUCCUCUUGCGACUAGCUUCUUGCCUCUGCCCACAUCGCAUCUCUUGUAGCUCCUCAAGUCUGGGAGCAAGUAGACAUCGUUCUUGUUGCUGUGCUUCGCCUUGGAUUGGGUUUGAUCAUUAUUCUUGAACUCGACAACAAGUACAUCGCCGACGUAGAAAGGCGCAUGCUUUGAAGCCCAUGCUUGGUAAUCGAAUCCGUUUUUCCACACGGUGACCUCAAUCUUUCUUCUAGACGAUACUGGAGCCGUGUGGUUGUGGUGGCUUGUACCGCUUGAGUGGUUUGAUGGGGACGUGUGGUUGUGGUGGCUGUUGUUUGUAGAGCCAGUGCCGCUUGAGUGGUGUGAGCCGGAGCUGCUUCCCCAACCCCAGUUUGUAUCGGUUCCGUUCGAGCUCCAACCGAAACCCCAGCUCGAACCACCCGAGUUUGAGCCUGAAGCACCUGAACCUGAGCCAGAAGAACCGCCAGAGCUGUCGGAGCCCCAUCCCCAGCCCCAGUUCGAACCGGACUGGCCAGAGCCCCAACUCCAGCUCCAUGCCUCAGCACUCCCGGAGAAGACACAUGCAGUGAUCACGAGGACCAAGAGUAACUUGCGUGCCCCAGAUAUCCCCAUCGCUUUCUUCUUCUCGUUCUUUGAUUAAACUGAUUGCUUUCUUUUUCUUUGGUUUUUGAUAGCGUAAGCUCCCCAAGGGACUCUCUGUUUACGUAUUUAUAGAGACUAGGAUGGUGGGAUCUAGUGAGAGUCGGUUUCCAAAUACAAUAGGGAAUAUGAAUUUUGAUUUUUAAGGGAUUUCCUUUUGUUAUAAAGCAAGUGGAUAACCUUAGCCUUAAUAUUUCAGUUUUAUGAAUAUCUUUUUUUUCAUAUAGGACCGUUAUUGCUUAACUUUGAUUUCCAAUUUCCUUUUGGGUUUAGUUUAUCUUAACAAAAAUAAGAGUGACACAG